AUGUGCGUCGGCAUUGCCUUUGUGAGCGCUCUGUCCUUGUUGGCGCUGGGGCUUACGGCGUUCGUCUACUUCCGCCGUCAGAGGGCAGCACUGCACCAAGCAGCCGCUUUUAAGCACAUCACGCCUGACCAGGACAUCUUCGGUCGUGUGGGUGUCCCUGGUGCUUGCGGUGAAAUGUUCCCGAGCGAAGGAGCGCACAUGGGCAACUACCGGAUGAUGACGAGCCAAGUGUUUUGCUUGUUCAACGCAUCCGCUCAUUACAGGCCGCCUACAUGGCGCUUUCCUCUGGGCAAGAUUCCCGGCAUGCUGUGCAGCCACGUCCUGUACUGGUCCGUGUCCGUGAACAACGCCGUGGAGCUGGAGUCUCGGGCCGAGGACUUCGACUACACAUGCAAGGGUCUAGACAGUGUUGCAGACCUCAAACGGCGCUUUAUUGCAAUGAAGGUGCACCUGGUGCUCAGCGCCAUCAGCCCCAACGAGAGCGCGCGGCUCUCGGAGAUCGCCGGCAACGCCAAACGACGGACCAAGUUGCUCUCCCAGCUGAGAACGUGGGCACUACGCUACGACUUCGACGGCGUCUUCGUCGCCUGGGGCGCGCCACGCGAAGCGAACCGAACGGCGGCGCUCUUCCGGGCGCUCGUCGAGGAUCUCAGGCCACGACUGAACAUCGGCGCCAUUCUGCCAGCGUCGCGGGAGGCGCUCAGUAGCUACGACCUCGAAGAGGUGUUCGCCACUGUGGACUGGGUCAUGGCCACCACGCAUGGCUUCUAUCCGGGAAAACACUGGAACUGGACGUCCUGUUCCAGCCCCUACAAGGACGGUAACCACGAAUCCAUCCAGCAGGUCCUACGCUACUACUGGAACAGGCUGAACGACCAGAUAGACCCGAGCAAGUUCUGCUUCACGAUUUCUCCGGCGGCCGUCGGCUACAAGGUGCCACAGGAGGGACUCUCGCUCGGCAUGCCUGCCAAGGGCCCGGGAAACAUCCACGGCGAGUCACGCGACGGCGGCAUGCUACGCUACAGCCAGGUGUGCCGCGACGAAGCGCAGGCGGCCAAGGACCUCUCCGGACUGUGCCUCUACGCUCGCUACGGCGGGACGUGGGUGGCGUUCGAGAACGCUAAGUCAACCAGCGCCAGGGUGAAGAGCAUCAUGCGCUGGCUGUCCGAGGUCAGGCACGUUGCCAACAAGAGCGCUGCCUAUUGCAUGGCCGUGUGGGACCUGGACCUCGAUGACCAUCUGGCCCAGUGUGGUGGACAACCGUACCCGAUAGUCGAAGCAGCGAUACGAGAACUACCAUGA